GCCUGCCUGUGCCCCUGUCCUUGUGCGCCCAGUCCUCUCUGGUGCUGCGCUCUCCGUGCUUAUCUCGCUCCUGCCCUCCUGCCCGGCCGAGGCCAUGGCCGCCUCCUCCGCACGGCCCACUGUCCUGGCCAUGACCGCGCUGGCGCUACUCCUGCUGCUGUGCCUGGGCCCAGGUGGCAUAAGUGGGAAUAAACUCAAGCUGAUGCUUCAAAAGCAGGAAGCACCUGCUCCACCUAAGACGAAAGUGGCCGUGGAUGAGAGCAAGGCUAAAGAAUUCUUAAAUGGCCUGAAGCGCCAGAAGCGGCAGCUGUGGGACCGGACUCGGCCAGAGGUCCAGCAGUGGUACCAGCAAUUCCUCUAUAUGGGGUUCGACGAGGCGAAAUUUGAAGAUGACGUCACCUAUUGGCUGAACAGAGGUCGGAAUGGGCAUGAAUAUUAUGAUUCCUACCAGCGUCACUAUGACGAGGACUCUGCGCUGAGUCCCUACGGCUUCCGGCAUGGAUCUUUCGUCAACUACAACUACGAUGACUACUAACACCCGGCACAUGCGCACCAGCGCCAAGAGUGUCUCCCCCCAACUUCCCGUGCACCUCCUAGCUUCUGCUGGGCUUUGUUUCAGCAGAUAUUUUCUACCCCCUUUCUGUGACCAGGAAGGAUGCAUUAAAACAAACAAUAUAAAUGCCCUUUGAUAUUUCAUGCAAGUACCUAACAAUGCACUUCAUUAAAAACUAGAAAUAAAAGCAUUUUGUUAAAAAUGAAA